AUGAACAUUACCGAUAGACGACGUAUUUUGGGUCCAGCGAAUGCCAAACCGUUGAUCUUUGAUAGAAGUUUAGCACCAGUGGAUGAUGGAAAAGAAGAAUCUGAAAAGCCAGUGUCUGAGACUAGAGACGAAUCGAUAUACAUCGAAAAUGGGGCUGUGGCCAAUUCAAAUGGGUCGUCAUAUCUGGAGGUGAAAAGUCGAACAAACGACAAAAACUGCACAUUACUUCUGACGUCGAUAUAUGGACCAAGGCCUUCUCGUGGAGCUUUCAACGCCAAAGCAACCCUCAGCGUGCAGUUCAAAGAAGUGACACUGGAAAAAAUCGGUGCGGGGCAGAUCAAGGAAAUUUGCACUUUUUUGACAAACGUCUUCAACGCAGUGGUAAAUUUGGAGCGAUACCCAAAAUCUGGAAUAGACGUUUUUCUCAGCUUGAUUCACAGUUCUAGUGGCCCACAGGACUUCGAACUAGAAUCCAUACUCACAGCAUGCGUAAACGGUAUCACCCUUGCGUUUGUUGACGCAGGAAUCGAAAUUUUAGACACAGUGAGUGCAGGAAUGUACAAGAAAAACGUUACAGCGUUCAUGAAAAACGGUACCGAAGUGGUUGGCUUCUGGAAAGACGACGAUGAGCAUUCUUCAGGUGAGGGUAUUUUGAACAUUGUGGAAAAAUGUAAGGAACAUUACCUGAAAAACCGUAAGACCAUGAUCGAAUCUAUGAUACGAAGCAGGAACAAAACGGGUCUGACUGAUAAACAAGCUUCAUAA